AUGAGCGAUCCUGUCGACGGCAAAUUCCGUCUGCUAGAAACGUGGGAUGGUGGUGCGCACUGGUCUAUUGUCUCGAACAACACGAUGCCGCCAGCGCUGGACGGCGAAUUCGGCUUCGCAGCAAGCGGAACGUGUAUUGAAGCUGCGGCGGGGCGAUGGUACAUCGCAAGUGGCGGCGUGGAUCCCGGAAGAAUCUUCUACACAAGUUCCGAUAGCGUCAGUCAUGGCUGGCAGGUCGCGAACUCGUUCAUCUCUGGUGGUGCCGCUGCCGGUGUGUUCUCAGUGCGUUUUCGCGAUACGCGUCACGGUAUCGCAGUCGGUGGAGACUAUGAGAAACCCACAGCCAGCAACAACACGGCGUCUUGGUCCAACGAUGGCGGCGUGAGCUGGCGAAAGGCUGACUCGUUUCCGCGCGGAUAUAUAUCGGGUGUCAGUUGGGUGCCAGGGAGGAGACAAACAGCCGUUGCAGUUGGAACCAGUGGAUCAGAUGUCACUAUCGACGGAGGGAGGAAUUGGGUUCCUAUCGGUAAUGGAACGUUCGAUGCUGUCGAGUGCGUUGAGAGAGACGUUUGCUGGGCCAGCGGGUCUGGCGGACGGGUUGCAAAGCUGGAUCUACGAGGGCUAUGA